ACGAGACGAUCUACGAGGAAAACAAGCCUUGUGCAACCCAAAAUGGCGGCUCGUGAUGCUGCAGUUUCACCGUGAGUGUAGCGCGAGGGGGGCGGGGCGUAAACUGCAUCACAGCUGAUCUGAUCUGUCCCCCCCUCAAGUUGUUUUUUGCAGAGGAGCUUUGCAGGAUUCACAGGGAGAUUUUUUCCUUCUUGUUGUUUUCCUUUCCUUUUUACCUCCCUCUUUUACAACAAUUGCCUCAUUUUUGCACUUCAAAACAUGCCACUUAUUUGCAGAACGGGCUGGUUGUGUGUGUUGUUGUUGUCUGCGAUGGAUCCCACACAGCUCUGACCCAGUUUGCUGCACAUAUAUGUUUUUGUUUCUUCAUUUUUUAUUUAUUUUUUUUUUGCUGUGCGUGAUGCGUUAAAAAAACAGCGUCUGUGGAGAUGUUCGCUGCAGGGGAUGGAGUCAGUUCCUUGUUGUUUACCUCACAAAAGGAGUCCCCCGGUGGAGCUGCAGUGUCUCCAGGUUUAGAGCUCAGCCUGACCACCUUAUACACCCUCCUCUACUCGUUCUUGUUUAUUUUCGUUUACCUGCAGCUCUGGCUCAUUUUGCACUAUGGCCAUAAGCGCUUCAGCUACCAGAGUGUGUUUCUGUUCUUGUGUUUGCUCUGGGCAGCUCUUAGGACCACUCUUUUCUCCUUCUACUUCCAAAAUAUGGUGCAGGCCAACCAGCUCCAGCCCCUGGCCUAUUGGGUGUUGUACUGCUGCCCCAUCUGCCUCCAGUUCUUCACCCUCUGCCUGCUCAAUCUGUACUUCACACAGGUGAUGUUCAAGGCCAAAGCGAAGUAUUCCCCCGAGCUUAACAAGUACAAGGUGCCGCUGCGUUUGUUCUUCCUGAGUCUUAGUAUAUUUUUCCUGGUGGUGAAUAUCACGUGUGCGUUGUUGGUGCAAGGAGCUCUGGAGCGCUCGGAGUCACCGAGUGAAGCGAUCGUCCGACACGCCGUUUUGGCCCGAGUCCUGAUCAACGAUAGUUUGUUUGUCCUUUGUGCCAUUUCGCUCGCCGUGUGCAUCUUUAAAAUCGCCAAGAUGUCUUCAGCGAAUGUUUACCUGGAAUCAAAGGGGACGUCGGUGUGCCAAGCGACCGUCAUAGGAGCCGUUGUAAUUCUUCUGUACGUUUCCCGAGCGUGCUACAACCUGGUGGUGGUGUCUCUGUCGCCUCAAGACAAGCCCAACCCCUUUAACUACGGCUGGUACAGCGUUUCAGAUCAGGCCGACGUGCAGCAGGUUUCCGGUGAGGCCUACAUCAUUUUCGGGAUCAUUCUGUUCCUGUGGGAGCUGCUGCCGACGAGCCUCGUGGUCGUUUUCUUCAGAGUCCAAAAACCAAACCAAAACCUGGCUCCCGGGGGGAUGAUAAACAGCCACAGCUUCAGCUCGCGUGCCUACUUCUUCGACAAUCCUCGCCGCUACGACAGCGACGACGACCUCUCCCGGAGCAUCACGAGCCGAGUGGACCGCACCAGCCUCCUGUCCUCCACGCCGCAGAUGGGCGCCUCCUCCUGGUACGGCUCGGUACCGCGCAACUGCAGCAGCGCCAUCGCGUCCGCCCAGCCCGCCUCCUCCACCGCCCCGCUGCUCUUCGCCUACGGGAACGUCCAAAGUCACCACCAUCACCAUAACUUUUACUCCACGCCGCAAAACAACACCCAUAGCAACCAGCACCACGGCAACUACUACUCCACGCCACAAAAUUAUUACUGUGGGUCGCAAACGUACUACUGCACGCCGCAAAACUGACGCGGGAGAGAAAGACGGCGGAGAUGAGACGCUGGCGGCGAGAUGGAGACGAGGGAGGAGGAGGAGGUCGUCGUGGCUUUAAAUGCAUGGACCAAUCACGAGGGCCGAUGCGAAUGCGGACAGCGGCGGCCAUUUUGUUUUCAUGAGCGGCGGCGUCAGGGACCAAGCCCUCGCCAUCAUCUCAUUCUCUCGCAAUAUGUAAAUGGAAACUUACAUCACAAUAUCGACCGAGCGUAACAUCACGACCAUCUGCCAGUAAAGUAAAAGUACAAAAAAUACUCGAGUAAAAGUAUCACAUGCAAAAAAAAUCUACUUACGAUUAAAAAUGUACUUAAAGAGUAAAAAGUAAAAGUAUUUCUCGCUGAUUUUGAGUCUUUUAAAGCUUCAAAUGUGGUGAUUUUGAUAAAGAUUUGAGUUGAAUUUCAACAGAAACGACUGAAUCCAUCGCUUUUUUCUGUUUUUAUUUGUAUAUUUUUGUUUUGUUUAAAUUCUAAACGUAUUAAAAAUAAACACUAACCCUUUUUAGCAGGUCUCAGAAAUUAUAAAAAAUACUUUUACUUUUCAAAAAUGCAGUGUUUUACUCGGUCCAGUUCUUUCCCAUGUCGACGUUGUAGAUAUAAUGAGUCCGUGUCACUUCCUGCUCAGGUCAGAGGUCGCAAUGUUGCGCUUUGAAUUUAAAUAAACUUUAAGAAUCUUCUGUGGCUAACGCUAAAGCUAAAAUACUCGCUUGGACACAGUUAAGCCAAAAGUGCAUCAGCAGAUCAGUCUCCCGAUGCUGUUAAACUCUUUAGGCUCUCGUGGCUGGCUGCUCCCCCCGCUGAGCUCUGUUUAUGAAGUUUACUGAACAGUUUUGUAAUGAAAUCCUGGGUUAAAGGUGGAGCGGGUGUAGCAGGUGGAGCGGGUGUAGCAGAGCAGAAGUGUGACAUGUCAAACGGGAUGACGGGACUUUGUAAUAUAAGAUUAUACAUGGAAAAAAACAACAUAAAACGUCACUAAAAACAAUGUCGUAUUUUUAAUCAAAAUCUGAAACAUUUUGCACUUAGAAACUUUCCAAAUAAACAAAUGUAGGACGUCAUUUGGACCAUAUUUAUGUAAC